AUGCUCUCUCGCUGCGGGGAGCACAGAGCACUCCUCCGCUCCCUGCGCUCGCUUCAUUCCACCCCACGUAGAACGCGAGAGCUCUUCGACCCUUCGACUGUAGAGAGAAUCUCAGAUGAAGUCGACGUUUGUAUCGUUGGCGCGGGUCCUGCAGGUCUCAGUGCUGCCAUACGUCUGAAGCAGCUGGAGCAGGAGAGAGGCUGCGAAAUCCGUGUGGUCGUUCUCGAGAAGGGUGCUGAAGUUGGAUCUCAUAUCCUCUCUGGGGCCGUCAUCGAGCCGCGCGCUUUGAACGAGCUCUUACCCGACUGGCAACAGCGAGAAGGACAUCCUCUCACUCAACCCACGACGCAUACCUCCAUGCGCUUCUUCACCAAGUCACAUUCUUUCCGCAUCCCGCAGCCUCCCCAGAUGGCCAAGAUGGGCACACACGCCCUCUCUCUCUCGCGCUUCACCGCUUGGCUCGGCAGCGUUGCAGAAGAACUCGGUGUCGAGGUCUAUCCCGGCUUCGCAGGCGCAGGCAUCGUGUACGGGCCCGACGGACGCAGUGUGCUCGGUGUGCGAACGAACGAGGUCGGGCUCGACCGUGAAGGACGGAUGAAGGACAAUUUCGAGCCGGGAAUGCAGUUCAACGCCCGCGUUACGCUGCUUGCAGAGGGCGCGCAUGGAUCGUUGUCAAAGGAGAUAAUUCGCCGCUUCCGCUUGCGCCAGGAUAGCGACCCACAGACAUACGGUAUUGGCGUGAAAGAAGUUUGGCGCGUUGACCCGUCAAAAUACAACCCUGGACAGGUCGUGCACACAAUGGGAUGGCCAAUUGACUGGCAGACAUACGGAGGAGGAUGGGUUUACCAUAUGGCGGAUGGACUCGUCAGUCUGGGGUUAGUGGUAGGGCUGGACUACGCGAACCCGUACAUCAGCCCGUAUAGAGAGUUCCAACGUAUGAAACAUCAUCCUUACUUCAGGGAUUUACUUUCAGGCAACUCGUCCCGUAUCGCGUAUGGGGCACGGACACUCAAUGAGGGUGGCCUGCAGUCCAUUCCCAAGCUGCAUUUUCCCGGUGGCGCUCUCAUCGGCUGCUCCGCAGGCUUCGUCAACGUCGCAAAAAUCAAAGGCACGCACAACGCGAUGAAGAGCGGUAUGCUCGCUGCCGAGGCCGCGUUCGACGCUGUCACGGCACAAGACGGCGCGGAGGCGGAGCGCGCGCCUACGGACAUGAGCAAGUACGAGGAAGCCCUGCGCAACAGCUGGGUGUGGGACGACCUGCGCGAGGUGCGGAACGUGCGCCCGUCGUUCAACACACCGCUGGGCAUGUGGGGCGGCAUCGCGUACUCUGGCAUCGACACGCUCCUCCUCAAGGGCCGCGCACCAUGGACAUUCCGGAAUACGAAGAAGAUGAGCGAUGCAGCACACACAAAACCCGCCAAGGAGUUCAAGCCGAUAGACUAUCCACCGUUCGAGCCGCCGUUGUCGACCGACUUGCUGACCAGCCUUGCCCUCACCGGAACAAAUCAUGCGGAAGACCAGCCCGUGCACCUGCGCGUGAGAAGAUACGAGUCUGUGGCAAGUGACUCAGGCGCAGGGAGUGAUGCAGCAAACGAAGACAUGAAGUCGGAGAGAUUUGUCGAGGGCAGGGAGGUGCGAAAGGAGCAUGUACGGAUUAACGUUUCCGAAUACGCGGGCCUGCUAGGUCGUGCAUGCCCAGCACAGGUUUACGAAUAUGUCGACGACGAAGCUUCUUUAACCAAUGACAAAGAGGACGACAGUUGGGGAGGCAAAAAGCUGGUUAUCAACUCACAAAACUGCAUUCACUGCAAACUAUGCGAUAUCAAGGUUCCUACGCAGGACAUCACAUGGACGGUGCCUGAGGGAGGGGGAGGGCCCAAAUAUGUGGUCACCUAG